GGGACAUGGGAGUGACCACAGGACAUUCAUCAGACGCCAGCCUGAUGAUUCUAGCAGUCCAACCCCCACGUACAAGGAAAACAAGAUUGCGACCCUGCUGAGGGUUUUAUGCCAGAAACACAAAUUAAAACUUCAACCUUUUUUUUUUUCUGAUUUCUCCUUUUUCUCCAUUUCUGACAGUAUUUUUCCUGCAAGAAACUGGCAGCAUUAAAAAAUAUAUAUUAAUAAUAAUAAAAAGAGAGAGAGAGAGGGCUCUACAUUCUAAAGAGCAAGUACCCCCUUCGUUCUGUUCCAGCAUGUGCAGAACUAUCUGUUUAUAGAGAAUGAACUGAUGCCUUCACUUCGAGCGAUCAUCCAUUCAUCAGCAAACACAGGCAAUCGAUGCUACUGUAACCUAUCGGCAGGCAGUGUCACCCGGCCAGGUUAAAUGAAUACCUGACGAAAGGGCCCACGUUUCAAGAGAGUGACAUUUGAUAACUAAGAGGAAAAGUGGCUCUAAUGAAAAUCAACCAUUGGAAUUCCUGCUUGUGAAAAAUCUCAUUCUGCCUUUUUUUUGUGUUCUGCCGGCGAGAAAUGCUCAGUAGCAGUGUUUAUGGGUGGCAAGUUCCACAUCGUUCCUUUUAUGGCUUGAAGAUGCAGUGGACGCCGGAGCAUGCACAGUGGCCAGAACAGCACUUCGAUAUAACUUCAACUACACGGUCACCGGCUCACAAAGUUGAAGCGUACCGUGGCCACCUGCAACGUACCUACCAGUAUGCGUGGGCUAAUGAUGAUAUCUCUGCUCUGACUGCGUCUAACCUGCUUAAGAAAUAUGCAGAAAAAUAUUCGGGAAUCUUGGAUGGCUCCAUGGAAAGACCUAUCCUGAGUAAUUACACUGAAGCUCAAUCUGGCCUAGUAAAUGGACGAAAAAGCGAAAGUGAUUCUUGGCAGAGCUCUUUAAAUUCUGACAGUGUUUAUCCUAUGAACUGUGUAACUGAUGUCAUUACAGCUAGCAAAGCUGGGGUGGGUGCUACUAUUCCACCAUCAGAUGUUUCUGCUAGCAUUGGCAGUUCCCCAGGGGUGGCCAGCAACCUGACAGAACCUAAUUAUUCUAACAGUACAUGUGGAGGUCACACAGUACCUAGUCUUCAUUCAGGUCUACCAUCUCAGGAAUAUGCCACUGGAUAUAAUGGUUCCUACUUGCAUACAACUUACAGCAGCCAAUCUGCAUCAGCACUUCCAUCUCCUCACCCAUCACCACUUCACAGCUCUGGACUCCUACAACCUCCUCCACCUCCCCCACCACCUUCUGCUCUUGUGCCAGGUUAUAAUGGAGCCUCAAAUAUUUCCAGUUACAAUUACCCACCUGCUGGUUAUCCACCUCAGUCAUCAGUUGGGUCUGGUUAUAGUCCUGGAAGCGCACCUCCUCCUUCGGCCUACCUUCCUUCAGGUAUCCCUGCACCUACUCCUCUUCCUCCCACUACUGUCCCAGGCUAUAGCUAUCAGAGUCAUGGUUUGACACCAAUAGCACCAUCUGCCCUGACCAACAGCUCUGCUAGUUCACUGAAAAGAAAAGCUUUUUACAUGGCUGGUCAAGGAGAUAUAGACUCCAGUUAUGGAAAUUACAGCUAUGGCCAACAGAGAACCUCACAUAGCCCCAUGUACAGAAUGUCUGAUACAAGUAUAUCCAACUCAAAUAGGGGAAAUGGUUUUGACAGAAGUGUUGAGACUACAUCAUUAGCUUUUAAGCCUACAAAGCAGCUUGGGCCCUCUGAGCAGCAAAGGAAAUUUACCAGUCAGUCCACAAGAGCUCUAACACCACCUUCAUAUAACAGUUCUAAAAAUUCAAGAACAAGUGAAGGUUUUGGAAAAUAUAAUUCCUCUUCAAUUAAUGAACAUAGUGAUGAGCAUAGACAGCUUCUCCCACAUCCACUGCAAGGCACUGGGCUUCACACUGCUACCUCAUCCAGCCACUCAGUUGACGAACAGCUGAAAAACACUGACACACACCUCAUUGAACUUGUAAGUAAUGAGAUAAUCAACCAGGGACAUCCAGUAGACUGGGAUGAAAUUGCUGGUCUUGAUUUAAUUAAGGCUUUCAUAAAAGAAGAGGUUUUGUGGCCUGUAAUUCGAUCUGAUGCCUUCAGUGGACUCACAGCUUUGCCUCGGAGCAUUCUGUUAUUUGGACCUAGAGGAACAGGCAAAACAUUAUUGGGUAGAUGUAUAGCUAGUCAACUUGGUGCCACAUUUUUUAAAAUUUCUGCCUCUAAUCUUGUCACAAAGUGGAUAACAGAAGGAGACAAAAUUGUCCAUGCCUCAUUUCUUGUGGCAAGGUGUCGACAACCAUCAGUGAUUUUUGUUAGUGACAUUGAGCUGCUUCUUUCUUCCCAAGUGAGCGAAGAACACAGUCCAAUAAGUCGCAUGAGAACAGAAUUUCUUAUGCAGAUAGACACUGUUCUUUCGUCUGCAGAGGACCAAAUAGUUGUAAUUUGUGCCACAAGUAAACCUGAAGAAAUAGAUGAAUCUCUUAGGAGAUAUUUCAUGAAAAGACUUUUAAUUCCACUUCCAGACAGCACAGCCAGACAUCAGAUAAUUAUUCAACUGCUCUCACAGCACAAUUACUGUCUCAAUGACAAAGAGGUUGCACUCCUAGUCCAGCGCACAGAAGGUUUUUCUGGACUGGAUGUGGCUCGCUUGUGUCAGGAAGCUGUGGUAGGUCCUCUCCAUGCCAUAGCACCCUCAGACCUUUCAGCCAUUAUGCCCAGCCAGUUGAGGCCUGUCACAUAUCAAGACUUUGAAAAUGUGUUCUGCAAGAUUCAACCUAGCAUAUCUCAAAAAGAACUUGAUAUGUAUAUUGAAUGGAACAAAAUGUUUGGUUGCAGUCAGUGAUAUUCCUUAAACAUUACAAGGAAUGUUGGCACAUAAAAAUGGGGAAAAGAGUUCCCUUUCCUGGUGGUGUCCUGAUUAUUAAAGGUACCUAGACAACCAUGAUUACCUUGCAUCUGAAGAGUCAGGGUAGACUUGAAAUAAACUUGCAUCAGCCAAUGUUCUGAUUGAAACCAUAUGACAAAGAACAUACAUUGAUGUUUAGAUCUGUUCAAGCUAGUCAGCACUCCAAAAGAAGCAGAGUGGAAGUGGGUUGACUUUUUGGAAGGACGUGAACCCCAUGUGUUGAUUCCAUUCUGCUGUUCUUUCAGAUUUAGUUGCUGUCAAGUGCCUGACGUGGUGCUUUAUUAUAUUUUAUUUUAUUUUUUUAUGUUUGUUUGCCUCACAACUACAUUGGUGGCAUGUGCUAAUAUAAAGAGCUUUAACUUCAAACAUUUAGAGGACUAGAGAAAAAAAUGUUGUAUUGAGAGACAGAAAAGCCAGAUUUACCAUUUCUAAGCAACAAUAUUCCUCAAUCCUCUCUGUUCUGUAGAACAGGAAACCAUAAUCUGGACCUUAAUUUCAGCAGUUCAUUUUUUUAAUGUCCUGUCUGCAAAAACAAACAACUAAAAAAAACAGCAAACUCAGGAAAGUGAUUGAUUUGUACAGUACCUCAAAGGAAUGUGUUAUGUUAUGUACUGCUGAGAGAGUAAUAUGGUAGGCGUCAACAAUACAUUUAUAUUGAAAUGUAUGUUUACCUCAACAAUUGGAAAGAGGCAUGGACAAUUUUGAAUGUAUUUGGUUGAUUCUAAAAGAAAAUGGCUAAAGUCUAACCAUGGUAAAUUGUCCAAUGACAUCUAUCAAAUCUUACUCUAAAACAAGUACCUUCAGCUGGUGUUGGGCAACAGUGACUCUUAUCAUCUUUGGCCAUCUGGAGUUUGAUGAUAGGAGAUAUGUUCUUCAACAGGUGAAGAUCCUAGAUGUGGUUAACCUAACAUGGUUUAGACUGUGACUUAGGGCAGUGUUAAACAAUAGUCCUUUUAAUUAUGGUCAUAAUGUGCAACAAUUAUUUUCAUAUCAGUAUUUAUUAACUAGUGCAACUGGAAGUCAUCUACUGCUUCUUAAUAAUUAAUCAAUUCAUUCAGGCAAGGGCAAACAUCAUGCAACUCGAUUGUUGAUUCUUAAACAUUGACACAACUGCCGAUAUUUAGUUUUCUUGACUCAUCAGGUGUACAGUAUUACCAGUCCUGGAGAAAAGCAUAUUCAAUGUAGAUGGGGAAAUCAUUUUUGUGGAGAAAUGUUAUUUUACAUUUUCCUUUUCAAAAUAGUUGAUGGAAAUUCCAAAAAAAAAAUAAAAAAUUCAGACACCAAAAAUG